AUGGAUUUGAACGAAAUUGUUACGUUCUCAUAUUUGACGUACUUGUACUUAAACCAGCAGCAAAGAAGACAAUUUUGGGUUCACCCUAUAAAUUCUGAACGUCAAUCACACGGCCAUUAUUUUCAAUUGUACAAUCAACUUCGAAAAUACAAUGUUAAGUUUUUUAAUUACUUUCGCAUGUCGAUAAGUUCAUUUGAUGAGUUGUUAUCGUACAUAAAAAAUGAUAUAAAACGGCAAGAUACAAAUAUGAGAAUAGCUAUUCAACCAGAGGAAAAAUUAGUGAUAAUUUUAAGGUAUCUGGCUACAGGUUGUAGUUUAAAAGAACUGCAUUACAAUUUUAGGAUUGGGGAAAAUACUGCUAGUGAAAUAGUUAGAACAGUAUGCAAAAGUAUUUGGUGUAUCUUGAAAGAAAAAUGUAUUCCUAUCCCUGAUAAAAAUACAUGGAUUACAAUUGCAGAAGAAUUUAAAAUCCGAGCAAAUUUUCCUAAUUGUAUAGGAGCGGUCGAUGGAAAACACAUUCGCGUAGUGAAACCAGAACGAAGUGGAUCUUUGUAUAUGAAUUACAAACAUUUUUUUUCUAUAGGACUACUUGCCAUUGCCGAUACAAAUUACAGAUUUAUUUACGUAGACAUAGGCUCGUUUGGAAAAGACUCAGAUUCUACAAUUUUUAGAAAUUCGUUACUUUGGGACAAAUUGGAAAAAAAUUGUCUUAACAUUCCCGCACCAACACCAAAUAAUACAUUUCCUGGAGUAGACAUCACGCUACCUUAUGCUUUUGUUGGUGAUGAAGCAUUUGGAUUAGAUAAACAUUUGCUUUGA